CGUGUCCCCAAUAAACCCUAAAUCACAGUGCUCGUCUUCUUUCUUUCGCGUUUAGGGCGAUGGCGCCCAAGGCCGCGGCUGGCGCCAAGGGCAAGGACGCGACGGCGGAGCGCCAGAUCCUCGGCAGAUUCUCGUCCCAUCUCAAGAUCGGCAUUGUGGGGCUUCCAAAUGUCGGCAAGUCCACUCUCUUCAACACGCUCACCAAGCUCUCCAUUCCCGCCGAGAAUUUCCCCUUUUGCACCAUCGAGCCCAAUGAGGCUCGAGUGUCGGUUCCCGACGAGCGCUACAACUGGCUGGUCCAGCACCACAAGCCCAAGAGUGAGGUGUCGGCUUUUCUGGAAGUGCACGAUAUAGCUGGGCUCGUCCGAGGUGCCAACGAAGGCCAGGGCCUCGGGAACAAUUUUUUGUCACACAUCCGGGCCGUGGACGGGAUCUUCCAUGUCAUUAGAGCUUUUGACGACGUGGAUGUGAUUCACGUAGAAGACAGCGUCGAUCCCAUCCGGGAUUUGGAUAUUAUCACGCUGGAGUUGCGACUCAAGGAUCUAGAGUUCAUCGAGAGACGAAUCGAAGACAUCGACAAGGCGUUGAAGCGGAGCAACGACAAGCAGCUCAAACUGGAGCUCGAAUGCUGCCACAAGGUGCACGAGAGUCUCAAGCAAGGCAAGGACGUCAGGCUCGUGGAAUGGAAGCAGUCUGAGAUAGAGUUCCUUAACACAUUCCAGCUGCUUUCGGCAAAGCCAGUUGUAUACCUGGUGAACAUGACGGAGAAAGACUAUCUGCGUAAGAAGAACAAGUGGCUGCCGAAAAUUCACGCCUGGGUUCAGGAGCAUGGAGGGGACCCCCUCAUUCCCUUUAGCGGAGUGCUGGAGCAAAGGCUAGCAGACGCGCCUAGCGAUGAAGCAGCGGUUCAGAGCGCUUUGCCAAAGAUUAUCAAGACGGGGUUCGCGGCCAUCAACUUGAUAUACUUCUUCACGGCUGGUCCUGACGAGGUGAAGUGCUGGCAAAUAAGGAAGCACUCCAAGGCUCCCCAGGCCGCCGGCGCAAUCCACACUGACUUUGAGAGGGGAUUCAUCUGUGCAGAGGUGAUGAAGUUUGAAGACCUCAAAGAACUUGGAUCCGAGGCUGCUGUCAAGGCUGCUGGCAAGUACAAGCAGGAAGGCAAAAACUACGUCGUGCAGGACGGAGAUAUCAUCUUCUUCAAGUUCAACGUGACAGCGGCCAAGAAGUGAAAUUCUACGCGAUCGAUCCCUAGUUUUGUUUUGUAACAUCCUAAAGGCAAUCAAGGAAAAGAGAAGGUUUUGCGCU